UUUAGAGGCAAUGAAGAAGUUUAAAGCUAAAAUAUAUCGUAAAUAUGAAGAUUACAUACGACCUGAGGAUUAUUUGGAACCAGAUGCACCCAAGCCCAUAAAUUUAUGCAUUGAUGAUUUUAAUGCGCGUGGUGAAGUGGCCAAUCCACGUGCACCUUGCGUGGUUACUACCAUUGAUCCAGACUACAUAAAGGAUGCCAGCCUGCAGCGCUUAGCAAGAAAGUUUCGCAUGAAAACUGAUAUUUUGCUGCUGCGUGAGAUUACCAGGAACAAAUUCAUGUGCUUUGCCACGCAUGAAAUGUUUUUGGAUCGCAAACGUGAAGUGGAGCACCAAAAUAAACUCUAUGAGGAGGCGGAGGAGUUUCACAAAUUUGCCGACGAGUCGCUCAAGAAAAUGGAGGCAAAUGAGUUUAAGAAGAUGAUGGAAGCACAGGAAAAUUUGAAAAAGCUCAAAGAGAACAAAGUAGCAGAUGAACUGAAUCAGAUGAAGCUGCAGCAUCAGCGUGUGCUUAUGGAGGUGCAAGAAGUCUACGGACGUUUUCAGUAUUUACUCAAGUUAAUAAGCUACUUUGAUGAUACGGUGGAACAGCAGUUGGAUCAGCUGGAUAGUAAGUUAAGCUUGCCCAAGCAUAUAGUAUGCAUGGAGAUCAGCGAACGCAAGCCCGCCGGCCUGGAGCAAGUGCAGCAGGUGCGCGAAUACAUGGAGCAAAUAGUGCGUCCGUAUUUAGCUAAGCGUAAUCACUUGAAUGCUGAAAUAUGGAUAAAGGGCUAUGAGCGCAAUCGCUUAAAGGUGUCCAACUACAAUAGACGCUUUACGCAGCUGGCGCUGCUUAAUCAUAUUGUGGGCAUACUACAUGACAAAGCGCAAAAGACGCAAAAGCGCAACAUGACAGCUGUGGUGUUUCUGCAGCAACCGGAGUUCCUGCAAAAACGAGUCGCUGCACUACAGCAACGAGCACAUGAGCUCUUCAAUGACUAUGAGCAGGUCUACUGCAAGGACAAGCUGAAUUUGAAGCUAACGAGCAUUGUGCCUGUUAUACUGAAACAAUUGCAAAACAAAGUGCAACCAGCACAGCAGUUGAAACAGGAGUUGCCCAAGACACCGCCACGCAAGUGCUCCAAACAACUGUUGAAGCCAACCGAGCAGCAGGCACGGCCCAGCGUUAUUAAGAGCGUCAACUACAAAGACGAGCAGGACACCACGCUGGCCAAGGUGGAGAAAAUACAAGCAUAUGCAUUGGAACUGCUUGGCAAGCUGGACACCAUACCACCCGACGAGCUGCGUAGUCUAGAGCAGCGCGUGCGUCGCAACAUGGCCAAGCGCAAGGACAUGUCACGACGUGCACUAGUGAAGCAAAAUCGUCUGCACAACUGGAUGGAACACUUCAAAAAGCAUCAUCGCUUGCAGCAAGCGCAACGCCAGAAAAACAAGCUCUAA